CUCGGCCUGCAACUUGGGUUGAAAGAUGUCAUAAUUUAGUUUGUAUGUGAUGACAUCAAAUAUGAUGGAUUAUGAAUUUAAAGUAAAAACCCAGAAAGAUCGUACUAAAGUUGAAGAUUUGUUCGAAUUUGAAGGCUGCAAGGUUGGACGGGGAACGUACGGUCACGUAUACAAGGCGAGGAGAAAAGAAGGAGUUCCUGACAGCGAGUUAAAAUCACGUCCUGAUACUAAAGAUUUUGGUCUGAAACAAAUCGAAGGGACUGGGCUUUCUAUGUCAGCAUGUCGUGAGAUAGCACUCCUUAGAGAAUUGAAACAUACAAAUGUCAUAACAUUGAUACGCGUCUUUCUGUCACACAAUGAUCGGAAGGUUUGGCUGCUUUUUGACUUUGCGGAGCAUGAUUUGUGGCAUAUCAUAAAAUUUCAUAGAGCAGCCAAAGCGAAUAAGAAACCUGUUAUGGUACCAAAGGGUAUGGUGAAGUCGCUUCUAUAUCAGAUAUUAGACGGAAUUCAUUAUUUACAUUCAAACUGGGUUCUACACAGAGAUUUAAAACCUGCCAAUAUACUGGUGAUGGGAGAAGGUGUGGAAAGAGGGCGAGUAAAGAUAGCUGACAUGGGAUUCGCACGUUUGUUCAACGCUCCCCUCAAGCCCUUAGCAGAUUUGGAUCCUGUGGUCGUUACGUUUUGGUACCGAGCUCCGGAGCUGCUGCUGGGCGCGAGGCAUUAUACAAAAGCAAUUGAUAUCUGGGCAAUUGGAUGUAUAUUUGCGGAAUUACUAACAUCGGAGCCUAUAUUUCACUGCAGACAAGAAGAUAUCAAGACAAGUAAUCCAUAUCAUCACGAUCAGCUCGAUAGAAUAUUCAAUGUAAUGGGAUUUCCAUUGGAAAAAGAUUGGGAAGAUAUAAAAAGAAUGCCAGAGCAUCCUACACUCCUCAAAGACUUCAAGCGAUCAAAUUAUGCGAAUUGUUCCUUAACUAAAUACAUGGAUCGCCAUAAGAUUAAACCGGACAGCAAGGCUUUCAAUUUGCUGCAGAAACUACUGAUGAUGGAUCCGAACAAAAGGAUAACGUCAGAACAUUCCAUGCAGGAUGCCUAUUUUCAGGAAGAACCUUUGCCGACGCAAGAUAUUUUCGCUGGUUGCCCCAUCCCGUAUCCAAAAAGAGAGUUUUUGACUGAUGAUGAUACCGAAGAAAAAAGUGAAAACAAAGCAAGACAAAAUCAGCAGCAAACAAAUCAGUGUGUCAACGCAACAAAGGGGGGUACGUGCCAAGUUUAUGGAAAUUCCGCGUGCAGCGUAAAGAAACAAUCAAACUCAUUGAGUUUAGGACUUGUUAAGACUGAAAAAUUAUCAGACAAGUUGUAUAACAUUUCAGAUUCUAAGGGACCUUACCAUUUUGGAGAAUCCAAAUGGAAUAUGAAAAGCAAUCUAUGGUUUGUCACCAUGCUGGGGCCAAACUCUUAUUUACAAGAAAAUGAGCUACACGGGAUUAUCAAUUUCAUUAGUAGCUGCAGUUCACUUGUGUUAAGUGCAACAAAUUCGACUAUGCGUACACUGAAUGUACCUGAAUCAAAUGAUAUGUGAUGCCGAAUUUUUAUCAAAGAUCUUACACAUGAAAAUUUUCAUUCCUGCGAAUCGUAGUAAAUAUUUCACU